AUACUUCACUCCCUUGCCAGACCUCAUUUCUACUAAACAACACGUCUUCAUAACAUCAUCUUUACGUGCAACAAGGUCCAGACUCUCCAUGGGUGCGUUUUUGGCACCUCUUAAUACUAAAAAUCGCGUACCUAGAUACUAAGCGACUGGAUGGUGUACCUCUACCCCCCCAACUACACAGCACCACCCAAAAGGACCCCAGGCCAAGACCCUAAGGGCAAAAAGAAGACAGCUGCUCAAAUGUCUGCCGCUGUACAAAUGAUCGAAGAGGACGAUAUACCCGUACGUUCAUCCAACAACUCUAGGCGGGCAGCGGAGGAGGCUUUGGCAGCCAAAGGAAGACCAGAUAUCGUCAUGUUGGCUUUCACUACCAAAACGAGGGUGAAGGGGAUUAGUAGUAAAGGAAAACCCCACGUGUCGAAGACCAGCACUCCCAGACGCUUUGUCUACUUCAAGCCACUCAUCCCCUUCGACGAAUUUGCCACUUUGAUGGCCAAGGCAGCGCUUCCUGACACCAGCACACCUGCAGAAGACUACGCUGCCAGCGAGGCUCAAUUUUACAUUCCAAAGGCUCCUUACUUUGACCAGGGAAUUGCCAUCAAGACCAAGGAAGACCUAGGGGCUUUCAAAGAGGCUCUCUCUGAGCACUCUUGGAAAGGUGCCAGCUGCCGUUUCAUCAUAAACAAGGAAGAGCCAGCCGCUACCGAGGCUGCAGAUCUGAUGCCGCCUCCCCGCACUCCCUCACCAAAUAAGGCGACUGCACAGCCUGCCAAGCCCACGCCGUCUGUUCUAAGUCAACAGCGCAAGCCUCUGGUAGAUUCAGACGUUCUCGAGCCAUUCAAGCAGCAGAUUCUCGCUAAAUGGCCGGUCUGCAAUGACUACACAUGUGCCGGUGCUAGAGCAAGAGAACAUUGCUAUAUUGAUGCCCUAAACCGCCACAGGAUACUAGAUCUGCCCACAACAAGGAGGUGGGCUAAAGCUAUGCAGGCGGAGGGCCAUCUCUGGGGCGUUGAUAACCCUCCAGAUCAUCUGCUAGACGGACGCUCGCCACCAAGAGGCAUUACCAGAGGCAGACACUCAUCUGAGCACUCCUCAUCUCCUGAGGCAGUGCAGUUGCCGGCGACGCCCACAACUUCAGGGAGCUCAUAUGUAGGCCCUAGCGACUCUGCUAGCCAGCGCUCGUCCUUUGCAGGCAGCUCUUUACCCUCCAAUCUCCACCGAGCGUUUGCCGACGUCACCAAUGUGAGCAAUGCCAGUAGCAGCAAGCGUCGCAUAGUGAGCCAUGGCACCCCUCCUCCUGAGCCUGCCGAGCCUCGAGUACGCAAAGAAGGACCGGCAAUGACGUGCUUGCAUCUCUGCAGUGAAGGCCACAGCUACGUAGACGAUGAUCUGCUGGCAUUGCUGGCUAAACAUCGCCUGUAUGAGAUGAGUAUUCUGGCAGAGAUCCCCGCACGUGAUUUACGACGCCUUGGUUUUGGGCCAGUCGACCUUAUCAAGCUCCAGCAGAUGGUGGACACAUGGGCUGCAAUAAAGGAACCAGAGAAGCACGUUCAGCCCGUCGGCAAGAUCGCUGAGGAUAUUCGAAAGAUGAAGAAGUUAGCAGGACUGCCGCAACGCACUCCUUCUCCUCGCCAUCAUAUGAGCUCCUCACCUGAAGUAAUCUGGUCUACUGCCCCUUCGGCAGUCCUUGGGGGUGUAUUUGAAGUUGAAUAG